GCGAAAAGCUCUCAAGAGGGUUUUGAGAAGAGACAGAAGACGACACACAACAAGUAGACACUCUCAUCUUACACAUCUCUCUACAACACAAGUAGCCAGACACUCACUCCCACUGUUUUCUCCACUUGCUCUAUCUUCAUUAUUUUCUUUUUAGAGAGAACAACUGUGACAUUUUGUCUGAACGCAUCUAUGGCUGUUCUUGUUCUUUCACUUCUCCUUCUAGCCAUGGCUGGCCACUCUAGUGCCUCAUGGUGUGUGUGCAAAACAGGGAUUAGUGAUACAGUGCUACAGAAUACAUUAGAUUAUGCCUGUGGAAAUGGAGCAGACUGUAAUCCCACUCACCCAAAAGCACCUUGCUUUAACCCUGACAAUGUUAGGUCUCAUUGCAGCUACGCAGUCAAUAGCUUCUUCCAAAAGAAGGGUCAAGCUCCAGGCACUUGUGAUUUCAGUGGCACUGCCACGCCAACUAACACUGAUCCAAGUUAUUCAGGAUGUACCUUCCCAACUAGUGCCAGCGGCUCUGGAGGUAGCACCACUAUGACUCCUGGCACAACCAAUCCAAAAGGCAGCUCAACCACAACCACACUUCCUGGUGGCAACAGUCCUUAUUCAGGAACCUCAACCAAUGGAGGUUUUGGAAACAAUAGCACAGGAGCCAGUGGAACAGGGAUUAACCCUGAUUACUCAAUAGAAAGCGGCGCCUUUGCUCUCAAGUACUCAAGCAAACUGUCCACACGCCUUCUCUUGAUCUCUUUGAGUGGAUUCUGUUAUUUCUUGAUGAUGCUCUAAGGAUGUUAAUGUUUUGGGGUUUUGUUGGUGCACUUACUUAUUAUUGUCUCUAGGACAUUGGUCUAGCUUAGUUGUAGUCUAUAUAUGUGUGUGGUUGGUUCUCUAUGUUAUAUAUAAAUGAUCUUAUUUCGUGUUUCUUGAAAAAAAACGAGAUUAAGACCA